GAGUUUAUACUUGCAGGAUUUCCUUACUUUCAUGGUUCACAAACAGCGCUAUUUGUUGUAUUACUGAUUAUCUUCCUGGUAAUACUCAUGGGAAAUAUUUUCAUACUCGCUGCAGUUAUAAUGGAUCUAAGGCUUCACAAGCCCAUGUACUUCUUUCUUGGUAUCCUUGCAGCUUUGGACAUAGUAUAUACAACCACAACCAUUCCUAAAACACUAGCCUUGUUACUGAAUAAUGACAACACUAUUUCAUUCAUUGCAUGCUUUACACAGAUGUGCAUCUUACAUAUUGUAGGGCUUUUCGAAUGUUUACUUCUUUUGGUAAUGGCAUAUGAUCGCUAUGUAGCCAUUUGUAGCCCUCUGCAUUACACGUCCAUUAUGAACAACAAAUUUAACAUUCAGAUAAUUGUAAUCUGUUUUCUGUCAAGCAGUAUAACGAUUGUGUCAUCCUCUGUUUUUACUGCACACUUUCCGUACAAUGGCCCGAACAAGAUUAAUCAUCGUUAUUGUGACCAUUUCUUCCUGUCCAGGUUAGCGUGCACAGAUAUCACUCCCCUGUCUAUUUUGGUAAUGUGCAUUCUUGUCAUAUUUGUGCUCACUCCUUUUUUACUUGUGAUAUUGUCCUAUAUCAACAUUAUUAAAAUGAUACUGAAAAUAAAUUCUGCUGCAGGGCGCUGGAAGACAUUUUCUACUUGCAGCUCCCAUAUAAUGGUUGUAUUCAUAUAUUAUUUAUCACUUUUUAUUAAUUAUUCCAUGUAUACUGUAGACACAUACUCAGAAAAUAUCCAUGUUAUAGGUUCUAUUUUCUCUACUAUUUUAGCACCUGCACUUAAUCCACUCAUUUAUACACUGAGAAACAAAGAUAUUCAAGAAGCAGUUAAAACAUUUAUAAAAGUAAUUUUGUAG